AUGUUAUUUAUUGUUACAUGCACUCAAAGACGACAUAGCGCGCGUGUUAUCCUCCAAAAGCUAAGAAGAAAUAUAAGCGACGAUGUCAUAACUAUUGAUGUGGAAAGCAAUGAAAAGGGGGGUAAAGAGAGUGUGAUUAAGAGAAAUACUAGAAGUAACAAGGAGGUGAUCAUUCAACAACAAAAGAAAGACUCAACAGGAGUGAAAAAUGUUGCUGAAACUACCUCUGACGAUGAUUUUCAAACUCCACCUCGAAAAUCGUUGAAAACAGUUGUGCAAAAGAGAUUGCCUAACAAAGUUGACGAACGACCGAAAAAAAAGCAAAAAGAGAACAAUGAUAAAGGUAAAAACAAAGGAGGCCAGAAACAGAAAAUAGAGCAGAGGGACAAGAUUAUAAGCAAGGAAGAUGAAAUAGCAAAGAUUAGAAACUCUCCUAGACUUUUAUGUGAUAUGAUUUCUGCAUUAUCUGACGAACAAGAGGAGUGGGUGAAGAGUGCAGGGUUCGGGAGUUUAGUAGACUUUGAAUUGUGGGAGAUACCUCAGAGAUUGGCCUAUAAAGUCCUAGAGGCUUUCGAUGAAAAAAAAUGCAUGUUAGUACUCCAAAGCGGCAAAAUAAAGAUAAUUGAUCAUCUUGUGCAUGAGAUACUUGGACUCCCUUGUCGUGGACAUGAAGUUAAGCUGGCGCAAGGUGAUUCGAGGUAUGAUAGACUGCUGGAGUGGAGAGAACAGUUCUCAGUUUCUGAAGGACAGAGCCUGAUUAAAGCAAGUGAUGUGGUGGAAAAGAUGAGGCAGAGUGGGGCAGUUGAUGACCUAUUUAAGAUCAACUUUCUAGUGGUGAUGGCAAAUGUUCUAAUCAGAUCAAACACAAACAACUUUGUGGCCCAGUCCAUAAUUUCGUUUGAUGACGAUCUUGAUAAUUGUGCAAAAUAUAACUGGGCUUCAUAUUUGAUACGGAGUUUGGUGAUUACAAAGCAAAGGUGGAAGCGCACAUCAUCACUUUUCUAUACCGGACCAAUGAUAUUUCUACUUAUUUUGUAUGUUGACCGAGUUGUGUUCAACAUAAACACAAAAGUACCAAGGAAACAACCAGCUUUUAGAGGUUGGACAAAGGAGAAACUAAAAGAAAGGGAAGUCAUGGAAUUGGAACCAGGUGCUUUUGGUUCUGGGACAAUACUUAGAGAUGCAACUCCUCAACAAUCAAACCAAACACAUAAAUCUGCGAAGGAACGGGUGGAAGAUGAUAGACAAGCUGAAAUUGAAGAAAUUUUUGCAGAACAAAAUAAUAAUGGAGAUGAUCAUCCAGGUGUAGAUAAUCAUCCGUGUGGAAAUGAUCAGCCGGGUGGAGAUGAUCAGCCAGAUGACAUAACAGAGGAUUGGUGGGAAACACUUAAUGUGAAGGCUGCUUUAUUAAUGGAUGCAAACAUCCAACUGAUGGAAGCAAAAAAUAAAUAUGAUGCUGAGUUGGCUAUUGCAAAGAACUUAUAUCCAGAUGACGAGAGGAUUGCUGAUAUGGAGGCAAAGGUGAACACUGCAAUGGAGACGAACAAAAAUUGGAUGGAAAGCGCAAGUAAUCUUGAAGAUUUGGUCGAUGAUGAACAUGUCUCACUAGGGGAAGUUAGAGAUGAGCCAAUAGAGCAAGUUGAUUUACCUCCCGAUGCUGAUGAUCAUCUUGACAUCAUUGCUUGGUUGAAAUCCCCAGAAGGAAUAAAAGAGUUUGAAAAAGACUUUGACGACUUCGAUUACCCGUCGUUCUCAUUGGGCAUAAGUCAGAUUUGCCAACAAGUGCAAGAGGAGCAUGGAGAGCUUGAAACAAGAAAAGAGCAAAUGGAACCUGAAAAGAAAACAAAGAGGGACAUCAAAGUGGGACCAGCUUACCGGUCGCCAUAUGUGCAGCGAAAUACAAAUAUAUUCUCCCAUUACUCAAGACAAGAAAUUGCUGUCUACAGGUGGAUGAUUCAAGAAGGCAAAGAUGAGCUGGAAAACUAUAAGUCCCCAGAUUCCCCAAUGCGCCUCUAUUUCGACAUUGGUUUUUCGAUAGGACCAUUGGAUGAGAAGAAUAGUGAAGAGGCUCAAUAUCAGAUGUUUAAAAGUGAAAUGGAGCACUUCUUUAAUAGAUAUCCAAAUAUCAGAUUUGAAGGAAGUGAUUUGGUAAAAAUGGUUAUUUGCCUACUAAACUAUAAAAAAAUUGUUUAG